AUUUUCCGAUCGAAGGGAAGGGAAAACAGAUGCAGACUACGUUGUCCAGAUCUCCCUGAGAAGAAAACGCGCGGAACAAAGGGAGAAAGAGAGGGAAAAAUGAAUGGCAAUUCGUCUUCUCGGAAUCCCUCGUCAUCUGGUUCUUUUGAGGUUAACGAGAAGCAGAGUUGGGCAGCCUCACCUUCGACGGUUUUUUAUCACUUUGGAACCAGUGGACUUUCCGUUGCAGUGGCGACAGCCGUUACGCACCCUCUAGAUGUGCUAAAAGUUAGGCUGCAAAUGCAACUUGUUGGUCAAAGGGGUCCUUUGAAGGGAAUGGGACAACUGUUUGUUCACAUUUUGAAAAAUGAAGGACCAAAGUCUAUGUAUCUGGGAUUGACACCUGCAUUGACCAGGUCAGUUUUGUAUGGAGGUCUCCGCCUAGGCUUGUAUGAACCAUCAAAGAAUGCCAGUCAGUGGGCUUUUGGGUCCACUAAUAUCUUGGUUAAGAUUGCAUCUGGAGCAUUUGCUGGUGCCAUUUCAACAGUUCUGACCAAUCCUGCUGAAGUUCUGAAGGUGCGUUUGCAAAUGAAUUCGGGCUCAAGACAAAGAGGAACGGUUGCAGAACUGCGCAGAAUUGUCUCAAAAGAGGGAAUAAGUGCUCUUUGGAAGGGGGUUGGGCCUGCAAUGGCCAGAGCUGCUGCAUUGACAUCUUCACAGCUUGCAACAUAUGAUGAAUCCAAGCUGCUUUUGAUGAAGUGGACACCUCUUGAAGAAGGAUUUUAUCUGCAUCUUGUCUCAAGUACAAUUGCAGGUAUUGUGAGCACCGUUGUAACUGCACCCAUGGACAUGGUUAAAACCCGUCUUAUGUUGCAACGAGAAUCAAAUGUAGUUGGAAGCUAUAAAAAUGGACUGCAUUGUGCAUAUCAGGUUAUGCGUACAGAAGGCCCCAGGGGACUAUACAAAGGGGGCUUUGCAAUUUUUGCAAGAUUGGGUCCCCAGACUACCAUUACCUUUAUACUCUGCGAGAAACUACGCCAGCUUGCAGGAUUGAAUUCAAUCUAACAAAUUAUUCAUUUCCAGUUACUCAUUGUUGCUGCCUCUAAGAGAAAGUUCAUUUGAAUUCAUUCUUUUGGUGUCUGAGAAUACCACCCUCAUUGUAUCACAAGGAACCAAAACUUUUUGGACACCCAUCGGAAUUGCCAUGGCAUCAUCCAUUGUCAUAUUCAUUAAGGUCCAUUUAUUCACUAGAAAUGUUGUAGAAUUAUUCAUGUAUGAUUUCUGCCCAUUUUUUCUUGGGUCUAAUUUUGUUUACCAUGGAACAAAUCCAAUGUGGGCUU